AUGGCAGAUCAUGGUCUGGUUUUGGUGACAGGCGGGUCCGGUUUCCUGGCAGCCCACUGUAUCCUCGCCUGCCUUGAGCGUGGCUACCGUGUCCGAACCACCGUCCGAUCGUCCAAGCGAAUAGAAGAUGUGCGAAGCAUGCUCAAGGCGAGCAGCAGCAGCAGCAGCAGCAGUGGCAACGAAUCAACACUCAACCUCGACGACAGGCUCACCUUCUCCGUGGCAGACCUGACCAAGGACGACGGGUGGGCAGAAGCUGUUGAAGGGUGCUCUUACGUCUUGCACGUCGCCUCCCCCUUUCCUGCCGGCGCCCCCAAGCAUGAGGACGACCUGAUCGUGCCCGCCCGCGAAGGCACGCUGCGAGUCCUGCGUGCCGCGCGAGAUGCCCGGAGCGUCAAGCGUGUCGUCGUCACCUCGUCCUUUGCGGCUAUCGGCUACGGCCACACCGACAAGGACCACCCGCCCAAUGUGCCCUACACCGAGGACGUGUGGACGAACGUCAACGGACCCGGGAUGGGCGCGUACCAGAAGAGCAAGACGCUGGCGGAGCGCGCGGCCUGGGACUUUGUCAAGGGCCCCGAGGGUGGCGGACUAGAGCUCGCCGUGGUCAACCCCGUGGGCAUCUUCGGGCCCGUCAUGGGCAGCGACUUCGCGACUUCGAUCCUGGUGGUGCAGCGCCUGCUCAACGGCUCCUUACCGGGCUGUCCCCAGGUGCAGUUCAGCAUCGUCGACGUGCGCGACGUCGCCGACCUGCACCUCCGCGCCAUGACCCACCCAAAGGCCAAGGGCGAGCGCUUCCUCGCCGUCUCCCCGCCGGGAAUGACCAUCCAGCAGAUCUCGCUGGCCCUGCGCGAGAGGAUGGGCACCGCGGCCAAGCUCGCGCCCACCCGACAACUGCCCAACUUUCUCCUGAGGCUGGUCGCCCUCUUCGACCCCAGUGUCGCUCUGGUCGUCCCGGAGCUCGGCAAGACUAAAGUCCUCUCCAACGACAAGGCAAAGACCCUGUUGGGUUGGCAGCCUCGGCCGCCCGUCGAUGCCCUCGUGGCUACUGCAGAGAGUCUGAUCAAGUUUGGCAUUCUCAAAGCAACAUAA